AUAUUCUCCAGCCAUCAAUUGAAACUAUCGAUGUCUGCAACUAUGUCGAUAAGCAACUAAUGCCGGCUUAAUUUGUUCAGUGUACAUGUGUUUUUUGUUUAUAACUUGACGCUGUUUUAUUUAACGACAAACAAUGGAGCGCAGCAUGCAGAAACAGCUAUAUGGCAUAUCCCGCGAAUCGUCACCAAGUGUGCGACGUCAAAGUAUGCCAGCGAGCGCUGAUAAUACACGCAAAUCAUUUUUUGGCGGCAAUCAUGGCUACUCCCCAUUGUCAGGCAGCUUAAAGAAAACGGCGUUAAACAAUAGUCGCUUGAGCCUCUCUGCUCGCUCAACCACACAGUCCAUACCGGGCAUUAGAUCAGACUAUAAUGUCGUGGAGAGCUAUGGCCAUGCUCUGCCCGUGGCCGUGAAUGAGGCUCUCACCUUUGCUGGACCGAAUGCGAACGCAGUGUCAGCCAAAAUCACACAAAGUGGCUGGGCAUGGGUUGUGCAAGGACGUCGUCUGCUGAUUUGGCAGUAUAAGGAUGCGCCUGGUACAGGCAAAAUUGGUUCGCCACCACGUAUGGGCAAACAUCAGCGUCGCGCUGGCACCUCCGCCCAGUGCCGUGAGCUCACGCUGCCCUACAGUGAUAUUGGACACAAAAGCGAAUUAGUUAGCGUGUUUCAGACUGAGGGCCAACAGAUGGCCUCGUGCAUUGCAAUCUCAGCGACUGGCGAAGUGCGCUAUUGGGCUUCAAUUGCGCAUGAUAACAAUUCCGUGGACAUUUCCAUAUUGACCGGUCAGGAGUUUGUGCAGCUGCUCAGUCUACCCAUACAGCAGGGCUACCUGGCGGUCACCUCUACAUGCACUUUGGUCUUUCUACGCGUUGGACUCACCAACGGACGAUAUACGCUGCAUCACAAGACGAUAAAGCCAGCGACUAGUUUCCUAGGCGGCUUUGGCAAAAGGUUUGCCUCCAUGCUCAUUGGCAUGAACAGUGGAAGCGACAGGGAUCAGCUACUGGUUGGCAUGUGCUGUGAGUGCGAUACAAAGAAUGGGGAAUCAAUAGUAGCUGUGCUUUCGGAUCGUGCCAUUCAACGUUGGCGUCUCUCAAACAAGGGCAACACGGAGCAGCUGCUGUACGAGGAUGUGGAACUACUACGCAAAAUGCGUGAAAUGUUGCUAUUAAAGUUUUGGAAUGUGCGCAUGCCCAAUGAUAAUGUUGAUAUUGAAAUGCAUUUCAUGGACUUUCAACUGUACAAAGGAGAUUACUACAUGCUCGUCGGCGCUGUCAACCAAGCCCAUACGCCACAGAUGUACUACGCUAUAGUUGUCGCAUCGGCACAGCAGGAGGCCAUGCAGCUGGAGUGCUUUACGCCGCUGAAGCUUAACAAGUUCUUCAAUAGCAAAACAGCGCAGGAGUGUCUAAGUGUGCGCAUCAUUGUCGGACCUUCCCACAUGUAUUUGUAUACGCCUAAAGUGGUUUAUCCGCUGCUCUUAUCAAACUCAUCGCCCGCAGCUGAAAUUGAGGCGGAGAAAGUUGAGUUCCAUUUGCAUGAUGAUCGCAUCUUAAGCGCCGCCAUCUGCAGCCAUUUGCCACUCUUCUUUAGCCGCACACAUGGCUUGGUCUCCAUAACGCCUGGCGACUUUGAUAGCACUGAUUUGCUGAACAUGAGCAGCUGCAAUACGCCCGAUAUAUUUUCGCCAGCUUCCUUCAAUGCAACCUUUAGCGGCCAAGAUCAAAGUAUCUUGGGCGAGAGCUCCACUAACUUGCCCAUGUUUCAGCUUGAUCCUGAUGACGUUUACAGCGAGCUCAACAAUGAGGUGGGCCAAUUGAAGGCGGCCUUCCUAUACAAGCUGAAACGCAACAACAACAUGGUUAAUACAAUCAUUACGGAUCUAAUGGACAGCAUCAACGAAUCCGAUCAGAAAGGAGCACCUCUAGAUGCCUAUAAAUUAGAUAGAAUCGUCAUCACUAUUGCUGAGGACUUGGCUGAGGACUUGCCCAUUGCCGACCCGCGCUGGCAGUCAGCCAUCGAGGAGCACGAUGGCAAUCGUCAUGCCCUGGGCAGCUCGCGCUCUAUGCAAAUCAUUAACCAGCUGCGCGACAAGAGCAUUGCCCUACAGCAUUUCAUUGAUUUCCUGCACCACUGCUCAGUUUGGGAGAAGCUAAAUGCCGUACCCUGUGGCAGCAAUGUGUUGAAGCCCACUUCGUACAUUCUCUCCGAUAUAAGUGAGAAAAUUGUGGCUGCCAUGGCACUGCGUACGAUACAGAGUAAACUGCCCAAACUGGUGGAAGAGGCCAUUGAUAUAACAGUUGCACGUUGGGAAGAGCGGCCACAGGGCAGUCUGACAACGCAGGAUAUCUUUUACGUGAAGCUCUGCAAAUUCCAGAGUAUUUUUGAGUCCUUGGCCGACAUGGCAGAUGAUCGCAUUGUAGCUCAGAAUCGCACCAGCGCUGCUGUAGCACAAUUUGUUGCCGACAUCAAUGCCAUUGUGCUGGGUAUUCUGGGUCAGGUGCUGAGAUUUCGGGAUCAGAAUGCGAGCAGUUAUAAGGCGCCCGGAACCUCGCAUGAGAAUCAGCCCUGGACAGCCACGCCAGGCGCUGCUGGCGUACACGAUGCACUCAUUCGGAUAAUAGAGAUUAGUGUGCGCUAUGCCGCGCAGUGCGUGAACGAGACGGAACUGAAGCAUCUGCUAUACCAGCAAAUACUGGAGCUGGUGGAUAUAGUGUUAGAGUCGCGCAAGAACUAUUUGGAGAGCGUGCGCGAUACGGAAAAGUUUCAGGUGCUGCAGCAGCAAUUCGAGACCCAAAGACGUGAUCUCAUCGCCACGUUAAUCAAGGAGCGACAGUAUGAGUGCGCUGCCAAGCUGGCUGAAAAGUAUUUGGACUUUCCCAGCCUGAUAGUCAUCUGUGAUGAGACGCAGGAUAAGGAUCGUUUAGAUGAAUACACGCGCAAGUAUGAGGAAUACGAUUUCUCGCAGUUUGCUAUCAACUGGCAUUUGCGUCAGCAGCGGCACGCUGAGGUCUUCGAACGCUUCAAGGGCAAUCAAACAGCACUUGCACAAUUCAUGCGCGAUCAUCCGUCACUCGGCUGGAUUCAGCUCAUAUUCAACGGCGACUUCGAACGUGCUGCCAAGGUGCUCUACGAGCUGGCCCAGUGCGAAACGGAGUAUGUGGCACGCAAAAAGUCGAUGCUCUCGUUAUCCAAGCUGGCUGCCUUCGCUGCAGCCGAUGUUGACUUGACGUCACAAGUUGAGAAAAUCAAUUUCGAGUUGAUGAUCAUUGAAUACCAGUCGCAUUUGGGUCACGAUGUAUUGCAGAACUUUGGCUUUGAUCCCACAGAUCAGAAGGUUCUCAAAGUAGAGGAGAUUAUCAAUCUGUUUAUCGCCGAGGAAAAUGAGAGCGCCACCGAAGUCGAGUUCCGCAAGGCCUUGGAGCUGCUCAACUAUGUGGAUCAGCCAUACGACUUGCGACACAAGAUCUGGUGCGCGAUCAUACGUCGCGACAACUGGAUAGACUAUGAUACGAACAAUGCUGUCGACUAUAUACACAAGCUGCUCUUCUACAAGGUGAUUGAGCUGUCGCAGCUGAUGGGUCAGGAGUGCGACAGCGUGUUGCCGCCCAUGGAUGACUUUCUGGACAGUGCCGAGCUGGGCGAGCUGCCGCAACAUAAGUCCUUUCAGUAUUUGCUGAAGCUGACCUACGAGUAUGUGGGCGAUAUGUUUAAGCCUGCCGAAGAUAUGGAGCUGUAAACAUUUCAUUUUGGGCGUUUGCCAUUCUUAUUAAAGACUUAGACUAAGAA